AUGGACACGGCAACGCGGCAAUUCUCCUGUAUCGAUCUGCUGGAGCACUUGAAAGGGCAGGGCUAUCUCUACAAUCUCGGGGGGACCAAGGUUGGGAAGCUCUGCAUCGUGUCCGUAGCUGGAUUUACACUAUACACUUGGUUCCGGAGAGUAGAUGCUAGCGGUGCUGAGGAGUGGAUGCUCCACAAUGUGAUACCGUUGGAAGGAGAGAUUCUUCAGGCUACCGAGAUCCCAGAAGAUGAACUUUGUGAGCACGGGCUCCAAGUGUUCGCAUUUCUUGAUGGCAUUGUGUUUAUGUCGAUAUAUGGAGAAGAUAUUUUGCCUUCUUGGUUCCUUUCCUUCUGCCUGGAAACAAGGAAACUGGAGAAGCUGUUUAAAAGGACAUUUGACCACAUUGUGUAUCCGUACAUCAUGGGGUGGCCUACCUUUUUGAUUGGCAAUGAUAAUGAUAUGGCACUUGGCUCAGGUGUUUAG